CUUAUACUAGGGGAGUUUCAAGAACUUAUACUUUGUAAUCAAAACAAACGUGGAAAUGAUGUCGGUCUUUGGCAAAACCUCUUCUCUGCUCAGAGUUCUGCCAGCUGUUGCGGCCUGUAGGAAUAUCACUACUUCAGCAUGCAUGUUUGGAAUAAAAUCUCGUUGGGUUGCGCCAUACAGGAAAGAGUUGUUAAAAAGACAAAAGAAAAUGGAGAGAAUGGGUAUCACACAUCAGUUAAAACGUUCCGAGUACAUUGAGUGGAACUAUGAUGCUGAAGUUUACGCAUUUGGCAAGAGACUCGGUGAACAGUUUGACAACAACAUACUUAGAGAAGCAUUGACUGAUUCCUCAUACAUCAGUCAAGAGAGAGUACGCCAGCAGGAGUUGGGUGUCCCUGAACCGGCGUUGACUAUGACGAGCAACAAUGAAUUGGCAACUGCAGGUUCUCACAUUAUAGCAGACUACUCAAUAAAGUAUUUGCGCUCAGCUCUCCCUUUGUUCCCUGAGGAGGGUAUCAGAUCUCUUGUAGAUUAUUUAACAUCAUCAGAAGUCAUGGCAGAAGUUGGGUUGGGGAUCGGUCUUAAGGAUUUAAUUCUUUGUAAGGAAUACCCUCCAACACCGGAGACUGUGGGAAAGUGCUUCCAGGCUGUUGUUGGUGCACUAAAUGCCUCAACCUCCCUUAGUCAGUGCCAGUUGUUUGUGAGAGAUUUUGUAGUGACACAGCUCAUAGGCAAAGACUUGAAUGAGAUUUGGGAGAUUGAGAAUCCGAUGGAAGCCAUGCAGGACAUCUUGGGUCGAAGUGGACGAGGAGAGCCGGAACCGAGGCUGAUAUUCGAGUCGGGCAAGAACACACUUGAGGCAGUUUAUCAUGUUGGAAUUUACUCUGACAAAGAAUUCAUUGGGUCAGGCUACGGAGAGACAGUUGGCACGGCAGUCGAUCAGGCAGCCCGAGAUGCCUUGCGGAGAUUCUUCCAGACAACAGCUGCCAGCCCUCCUCUCCCCUUUGGAAAAGAGAAUGUCAAGCUCAAGGCUGAACCAAAUUUAUCAGUAGAAGAUUGGUCACUGGAGAAAGCAAAAAACAUUAUUACUUGUUAAUAUUGUCUUGUUGGGAAAUUCAAGUAAAGGGCUUACCAUAAUAUUUGAGGUUCAAUUUUCAUAUGUGGAAACAAACCAUGAUAUAAUUGAAAGAAGGAAAAAUACGCAAAUGAGAAGUGAUAGGAAAUUGGGUAUUUGACAUGUUGUUAAAGUAGAAUCUACGGGAAUCUUCAUUAUACUUAGUUGAAUCUAUUAUGGAUGGAAAAUCAUACUUCAUAUAAUGGAUUUGGGUUGUAUAUAAUCUUUCAUUUCUCCCAAAUAUAAUUUUCCAAUUGUAGUGACCAGACCCUAGUAAUGAAAAAUACUUGAAACUUCAUCAUAUAACACUAAUUUCAUUCAUCCUGUUGUUUCCCACAAUUGUUGUAUGCAAAAAAAAGUUUUCAUGUUUAGCCCUAGAAAGUAAAAUCAAAGAUUCUUUUACUUAAGUAAAAUAUGUGUGAGGAAAGCUAAUGAGAAAUUGUGAAAU